AUGGUCGUGCUGUACAAGGAUCUGGCCAAGACGGCCGAGAACGUCCUGCGGGACGACUACGACUUCUCCCGCAAGCUCAAGAUCAAGAGCACGGCGUCCAACGGCGUGUCCUUCACGACCGAGGGCGCGCUGAGCGGCUCCAAGUCCAUCCUCGCCAAGGUCUCGAGCGGCUUCACCCACGGCGCCAGCGGCGUCGUGUUCAAGAAGCUGCAGAUCACGACCCAGGGACGCGUCAUCACGGAGGCCGAGCUGCCGAACGUGCUGACCGAAGGCCUCAAGCUCACGUUCAAGCUCGAGGACGGCUCGGUGGCCAAGACCGCGAGCGCCAAGCAGGUCGGCGUGCUCGGGGCCGAGUUCAAGCACAAGAACGUGGCCGUGAACUCGGACGCGGACUUUGUAGCCAACACGGUCUCGGCCGCGGCCGUGGUCUCGCAGGGCAACUACUCGGUGGGUGGCCAGACGGCCUUCAACGUGGACAAGUCGGCCCUGGUGCAGCACAAUGUGGGCGCCAGUUUCACGGGCGCCGACUUUGUCACGUCGCUCGUGACCAAGCGGAACUUUGCGGCGUUCCAGCUGUCGUUCCACCACCACCUGUCGCACAAGACGGUGUACGCUGCUGUGCUGGACUACGACCUCAAGUCGGCCUCCAACUCGCUGGUCGUGGGCGGGCGGUACAAGGCCGACCACGACACGACGUACUGUGGCAAAAUCAACUCGGAGGGAUUCCUCUCGCUCGCGACGAUCCAGCGAGUGCGUCCGUACGUGACGUUGACGACCAGUGUGCACGUGGACGCAAAGAACUUUGAAGGAGACUCGCACAAGUUUGGCUUGGGUCUGACGCUUGGAUAG